AUGCCCUGCUUCAAAGGGCUCGCCGUGAGCAUUCAUACCCCGGAUGGCCCCAUCUCCGAAUACUCCAUCCAGCGUCAUUCGAGAGCGUCGCGGAUAGGUUGCUUCAUCCCGGUGCCCCCGCCCAAAGUCCCCGACUCCGCCAAGGGCAAGGCCGAACAGUCUACCUUUGCCAUUUCGAUUACCCUCCUCAAUCCCGGCCAGGAUGUCCCUUAUUCCACUCCCAAACCCACACCGGAUAGUCCCUCUCCUAAGCCGAAGGUCGUCGGAGGCUUGCCCAGCCAGACCGGUGAGCGCGGCCAGUAUUCCGGGGCCGUCGCGCCAUACCAGGCGUUAACCAACUCCCCCAACGAAACGGUGGCAGCCUACAUCUACUUCGAUGGCAGACAGAAGGAAGAGGUAGCUACAUUGCUGCGGAGAGGAGAGGAGACCUGGGUGAACUCGCGGUGGGUCAGCGUGCCCGACUCCGAGGGCGGCGGGAUUGCUGAGCGCGAGUUUCUAUUCCGCGAAGUCGGGUUGGAGCGCUGGCUGAACGGUUUGGAUCUGGAGGGCAAAGACGCAGCCGCCAAGAUCGAGCGGCGACGACAGAAGAUGGAGAGGCGUCGCCCUCAAAACCCAAGACCAUCAUGCGCUAUGGAAAUGAUGAGAAGGAUCCCCCUGGAGAAUGUCUCCGACGAUGAUCUCUCUUCGGAUUCCGACGAUGACGACCCGAUCCCCGAGACCGCUGGUCAGAUUAAGGUCGCCUUGUUCCGUGUUUUGGCAUCCGGAGAGAUCAAGCGUGGUGAAUACUCGCCGCAGUUCGACGCACAUGACGACGAUGAAGGUGGAGGGGAUAAUGGUGGAGGGGAUGCUGACGUCGAUCAUACGACGAGUUUCGCGAAGCCCAAGACACUAGAUCCCAAAUCUAUCAGCACGCAGACGGUCACAGGCAUUGACCCGACUGAUAAGCCUUACGCGACGUUUACGUUUAUGUAUCGCGGUGAACGGCAACUGCAGAAGAUGGGCAUCAAGAAGGACCCCAAGGCACCGGAAACACCCGCCACGAAGCGGAAAUCUCUACAGGCCGAUUUUUCCAAUCUUGGGCCCCUCAAGCCCGGGGGUACAGUGGGAUUCUUGAAUUUCCGAGAACAAGAAGCUGGUCGCAAAGGCAAAAAGGGUGACGACGAAAUGGACAGUGAUGAUGACGACACCGACAACCCCAUCUUGGGCAAAGCUGAUGAUGAGGAAGACAAAGAGGACAACAAGCUCCUGUCUUCUGACGAUAUUAAGCGCCAAGGAGAGCUGGAAGAGGGUGUCCGCAAGAUUCGCCUCAAGCGCGAACGCUCUGCGGAGCCGGGUUCAAGUAAUGCCGAGAAAGCUGCCGACACCUUGGGCUCUGGAACCACACCCCCUGCGAUGGAGCGCUCCAUUACACCCCCGAAGAUGAAAGCGGAGACAGAAACACCCGAAAAGCCUCAGGCCAGCGCCGACGCAGUGGAUGGUUUCCUGGGUAGCCCGCUGAAGAAGCAGCGCGCAAGCGUCUCAACAGCAGACGAAAAUGCCCUCCGUCGUCGCAUCGCAGAGUCCUCCGGCCGAAUUAACGAAGUGCUGGGAUCAGGCUCAAACGAGAACAAAGCAGCCACUGGAUCUUUUGGCGACAAGCUGGACGACGCGCCGGCCAAGUCGGAAAACGUUGACGAAGAGCUCUGA